AUGGCAUUCGUGAACCAAUCAACUAGCUCAUCAUCGUAUGAAAACUUCAAUGAAAAGUAUAGCCAAACCAAACAGAAUGUGACUAGGAGAGUGCAAAUAUUACUUGCACAAUUGAAGUCGAAUGGUACUCAUACAUCUCUACAAAUGUCUUCGGCUGGAUUCACUUAUACCGGUGAUGGUGAUACUAUUCGCUGUAAUACAUGUAAGUUAGAAGUAUCUGAGUGGAGUUCAGACAUGACACCACUUGAUGUACAUAUUCAACGAAGUCCUGAUUGUUCAUUUAUUCAAAAUCUCAUGUUAAAAUCUUUCAUAAAAUCUGAUAAUCGAGAAAACUGUACAAAGCGCCAAAAAUUAGAUUCAAAUUGUGAGCGAUAUGAGCAGAUCCGUAGAUUUUUUGAAAUAAACAAACUAAAAGAAAUCCGUCAUCGAACAUAUUCUCAUUGGUCAUAUGAAAUGAAACCGUUUGUUGAUCGAUUGAUUACAGCUGGCUUUUUCGCAACAACUGUCAAGGAUCGUGUGAUUUGUUUAUAUUGCGGUUUGAUUUGUCAAGAAUGGCAAACAGAAACUGAUGAUCCAUCAGAAGUACAUCGAACUCGUUCAUUAACAUGUCCCUAUGUUUUAUCAAAAUUAACACAACGAAACCCAUCUUCUACUGUAAUUUUAAAUGAAAAUUCAACAAUUAAUCAAACUCUCGACACGAGUAGUACUGUACAAAAUCCGGUUGAACAAAUUGUUUCAACAGCACCAAUUCAUCCUAACUAUAGUGAGAUUACACAACGUCAACAAUCAUUCACAAUAUGGUCUCAUGAAUCUGCUCCACCGGUAGAUGAACUAGUUCGAGCUGGUUUCUUCUAUACAGGUAUUGACAAUAAUCUAACAUGUUUUUAUUGUGGCGGCUCUUUGAAAAAUUGGAAUAUCAAUGAUAAUCCAAUAAUUGAGCAUGUCCGUUGUUUUCCUCAUUGUCAAUAUGCGAAACAGUUGUGUGGAGAUGAUCUUCAUCGAAAAAGUCAGGACACAAAAAAAGUUCUACAAGAUUGUGAUAAGGUGAAUCAACAAUUCAAUGAAGAAGGCAGAAGUGAUAAUGUUUCUCUUUCAAAUCAAUGUCAAUUACAUGUAAAUGAUCCUAAUAUGUUAUCUCGUUUUGUAGCUGCUCGAUUGGAUUUAUCGAGUUCACAAAAUUUACUAAAUCAAAAAUUUAAAUUAUCAGUUAUUAAACGUUGUUGGGAAGAUCAGUUACAAUUAAAAAUUGACGAUUUCGCUAGUGACAGUGAUCUAUUGGCAUCUUGCAUCAUUCUACAAAAGCAAAUCGAUUGUAUUAAAGGCGAGAAAGAAAACAUCGUCAUUCCUAGCAGAGAGAUGCAGCCGAUUAGUAAUACACAACAAUCUGCAUCAUCAUCUAUGCCAAUUACUUCAAAGGAUGAUUCUAUGAAGUCAUUACCAAAACAAUCAGAUUAUACAGCACACACGAUCGAUAUGACAACUGUAAAGAUAAAUUCAAACAAUUCAAAAACAUCAGAAAUAAACCCGACUAAAGUUUCAUCAAUAGUCAAUCUUUGUGUUAUCUGUAAUCAAGAGGAGAAACGACUUGCCUGUAUUCCAUGCGGUCAUCUCGUGACCUGUGCUUUGUGUAGUAAAACGCUUAGAACAUGUCCAACAUGUCGAAAACAAAUUGAAGCCUUCGUUCGUAUCUUUAUUUAG